AUGGCGUCGAACUCCUUCUUCCAAACGGCGUUGCCCUCCGCAGACGUCACGUCGCCAAACAGCUUGGUGAACACCUCGUCGUACCACUCAACGGGAACAGGAGUCAGGCCUUCCUUGAUGUUGUCCUGCAGCUCGUUCCAGUCCGACAGAUUGUCCUUCGGGAAGAUCACCGUCUUGACACCAGACCGUCUGGCCGCCAGAGUCUUCUCCUUCAGGCCGCCGAUCCGCAGAACUCGGCCCGUCAACGUCAGCUCGCCCGUCAUCGCAACGUCCGGCUCCAAAGGCCGGUUCAGGGCAAGCGACAGGAACGACGACGUGAUCGCAACUCCCGCAGAAGGCCCGUCCUUCGGAGUCGCACCCUCAGGGAAGUGCAAAUGCAUCUGCGCCCGAUCAAAGAACCGGUUUUCCACAAAACGCUUGGCAAGGAACAUCUUGGAAAACGAGUACGCUAUCCGCACAGACUCCUUCAUCACGUCUCCCAGCUGUCCGGUCCGCUCCACCUUUGGUGUCGAGUCCUUGUUGAUCGCAUGCUCUAAAAUAGACUCGAUGUACAACGCAGAACCUCCCGUUGAGGUCCACGCCAGUCCCAUCACAACUCCAGGUGGUGUAGUCUCGUACAGUCUGUCUGCAGUGUAA